AUGGCACGUCUGGAUGGGGUGGUGUUCGACUGCUCCUGCGACAUCCACUGGAUCCAGCUGUGGCAGCAGCGUGGCGACGCGGCGCUGCACACGCAGCAGCUCUUCUGCAGGAACGGAGCCUCCAAAAUACCGCUGCACAACAUGUACAUCCACAACUGCGACCUCCCUGAGAUCAGCGUGAGCCACAGCUCCGUGCUGGUGAUGGAGGGCGACAACGUUACGGUGAGCUGCAACGGAUCCGGAGCGCCGGUGCCCGAAGUGGACUGGACCGUCAGCGGCUUACACUCCAUCAACACACACCUGUCGGAUGUUUACUGGCCGAAUAUCCACUCCAUCACCCUUACUCUUUUCAACAUCAGCCGAGAGGACAACAACUUCCAGCUGACGUGCAUCGCUGAGAACGUGGUGGGCAUGACCAACUCCUCCAUCCAGCUCAACGUACAGUUUCCUCCGGUCAUCCUGAGGCUGGUGGAGCCGGAGCAACGCCUCGACACCUGCAUCGAGUUCACGGUGCGCGGCUACCCCCACCCCAAGCUGCGCUGGUUCUACAAGCAGAAGGAGAUCCAGCAUAACGACUACAUCCGCACCGACAUGGACUUCUACCAGGACUACCUGGAGGGCUGCCUGACCUUCCAGAACCCCACGCACAUCAACAACGGCAACUACACCCUGGAGGCCAGCAACGCCCUGGGCACCGUCACCAAGACGGUGUACGGACACUUCCUCAUGGACCCCGACGAAAUCGAUCCGCCGCCAGAUGACAAUCCAAGCCGGCCAGAUGAAGAUACGUUCGGGGUCACCAUCGCUGUCGGCCUAGCGGGCUUCGCCUGCGUCCUCCUCCUCGUCCUCUUCGUCCUCAUCAACAAAUACGGCCGGCGCUCCAAAUUCGGUAUGAAAGGUUUUGCUUAUCUCUGCGCCGUUGCUGUUGUGGCGGAGGAGAGAGCUGAUCUGGGAGCCGAGCAGGUUCUGCAGCUGCUCACUUCUCUCUUCUCGCUGGUCCGGGUUCAAGUGUCUGUCCGCCUGGGCGCCGACCAAAGGUCCCGGCAGGUUGCUGGACUGAAUGCAGUUGUCCAGCACAUAAAGCGGAGAGACAUCAUCCUGAAGAGGGAGCUGGGCGAGGGAGCGUUCGGAAAAGUCUUCUUGGCCGAGUGUUACAACCUCAGUCCCACCAAGGACAAGAUGCUGGUGGCCGUCAAGACGCUGAAAGACCCCAACCUGUCGGCCAGGAAGGAUUUCCAGCGGGAGGCGGAGCUGCUGACCAACCUGCAGCACGACCACAUCGUCAAGUUCUACGGCGUGUGCGUGGACGGAGAUCCGCUCAUCAUGGUGUUCGAGUACAUGAAGCACGGUGACCUCAACAAGUUCCUGAGAGCCCACGGCCCCGACGCCAUGAUCCUGGUGGACGGCCAGCCGCUGCAGUCCAACGGCGAGCUGGGCCUGUCGCAGAUGCUGCACAUCGCCACCCAGAUCGCCUCCGGCAUGGUCUACCUGGCCUCCCAACACUUCGUGCACAGAGAUCUGGCAACCCGCAACUGUCUGGUGGGGAACGGCCUGCUGGUGAAGAUCGGAGACUUCGGCAUGUCCAGGGACAUCUACAGCAGCGACUACUACCGGGUUGGAGGACACACCAUGCUCCCUAUCCGCUGGAUGCCGCCCGAGAGCAUCAUGUACAGGAAGUUCUCCACGGAGAGCGACGUGUGGAGCUUCGGAGUGAUCCUGUGGGAGAUCUUCACCUACGGGAAGCAGCCUUGGUUCCAGCUGGGCAACAACGAGGUUAUUGAGUGCAUCACCCAGGGCCGGGUGCUGGAGCGGCCACGGAUCUGUCCUAAGGAGGUGUACGACAUCAUGCUGGGCUGCUGGCAGCGGGAACCGCAGCAGCGGCUGAACAUUAAGGACAUUCAGAAGGUCCUGUUUGCCAUGGGAAAAGCCACGCCGGUCUACCUGGACAUCCUGGGCUAGCAGCCCCCCCCCCGGGGUGGCCCGCUCCCCCCCCACCGCCGGACAGAAGGAUCGACAAAGACAAAACGAGACAUAAACGACCUACACGAAUCCAGGAAUAACCAAACCAACCUGCUCCACUGUCAAAAAACAUCUGCUUUGUUUGGGAAGGACUUAAGUGCCUGCAACACUUUUGGAUAUAGUGGAUAAAACAUAUAACAAAAAAGAAAAAAAAUUAAAAAAGGAGAAAAAGAAAAAAAAAACACACACUUUUACAUUUUGUUUACUUGCAUAUAAGAUGUACAGGUUUGAAGAAGACUCCUCCCCUUGAAAAACUGCAAAAAUACACAAAAUCGGAGAAGGAAACGGAAGUGGGCUGGCAAUAGGAUAAUGGCCUGUUUGAGGAAACGGAGAGAACACACGAGAGAUUAAAUCAAUGGGUUUGGUUUUAUGAAUAUAUAUAGAAAUAUUACAUAUAUUUUCUAUUUAUUUGUUUGUUUUUUUGUCAAGAUGUUGAAAGGUCUGCCACUUGUGUUGCAAAGGGCUCGGCCCUGUCCGACGAUGCCACCAACGAACUCUUGGCGGGGACCGGAGACGGAAGCCUUACUCUUCUCUGAUUGGCUGACUGUGGAUUAACGCUGGAUGUUUGGAGAGAAGCAGCACUCUAGUAGAGGACCUACCCAAUCAGACAACUGACAAAUCUAUUUUAAUUUAAAAAUAAUGUACAUAUUGUAAAAUUCUACGUGUCAGAAUUAUGUUAACUUAUUUUUUCGGAUGUUACUUUGGUUCUUUUUCUGACUGUGAUCUGGUUGGCUAAAGUAUUACGCUAUGGUCUUUGUUUUCAUCCCUUCCCAGUGGAGGUUUUUCUUGGGAAUGACUCCGUGUCAGUGCCGGUUAAAGUUGUCUCUAACGUGGUGACGGUGAACGACGGAGCGUCGGCCUCGCGCUGACGCAGAAUCCCGGACGACGUUGGGGUUUGUUGGACGACUCAGAGCCAUCGUUCAAACACUUUCCAAAGAGGUGGUGAAGCCUCGUUUUAACGUUUCCAUUUCAUUUGCUUCUUUUCUAGCAAGAAUAAUGAGUUGAUGAAUAAUAUCACGCCACACCUCUCGAACAAAAACACACGCUUUGUCAUUUGCAAGCUUUUUUGGUGUGAAACUGUUGAAGAAAAACCUUUCUGUAGCUGAGAGCACACUCGUCAUCCGUUAGUCGCAGGUGUGUUGCUUUGUGUGUCAAAGGAGUAGUUGGAUGUUUGGGAAAUGUGCCUGUUUGCUUUCUUGCUGUAAGUCAUGACGGACAGAUUGAUCAUGGAACACUUCAGACGGAUCUACCGUAUAAAGAGGUGAGUGUAUUUUCACCGCAGGGACAUCCGAGGGAAACACGCUUAGGCAUAAAGACGGUCAGAGGUCGGGAUGGGAAUUUAUAAAAUUUUUUUGAUUCUGAUUCCAUUUUCGAUUCUGCUUAACGAUUCGAUUCUUUAUCGAUUCUCUUAUUGAUUCUCAUUUGGAAAAAAGGAGAAGAAACAAUUUUAGUAUCAACUUCUAAAUCGACGCAGAGCCCUCGGCUUAGGUUACGAGGACGCGCGCCGUACGGUGCGUGUCGCCGCGUAACCUACGCCGUAGGCUCUGCGUUGGUGUAACGCGGAACCAUAAAUCAGCCUUACCACACGCCGGCUGACUCCACGCUCCCAACGAAUCAGCCGGCCGAGUCUUAAAGGUAUUGUGACAUCAUUUUUAACAUGCUUUUAACACUAUUAAAGUCUUGGCCAACAUCCCUCAAAUGUGUCUAAAAGGGUGUAACAAGAAAAACUUCACUCCAGUACUCCAUGCCUGGCUUCUUUUAUGACGGUGUUUUUUGCCUGUGAAAAACGCGUCCUUUUCCCCCUUUCCUGUCAAUCAUUGCCCCGCUCCUCCUGAAUGUUAAAAGUUAUUUUUUUUGGGUGUAAUUGAUGUCAAGACACCCAACAACACACAAAAAAUCAAGAAAAAUGUGUUUUUCAUGUCACAAUACCUUUAACAGUUUCCCCCCUUUGUUGAAAUGUCCACAUUGCAAGAAUUGUCGCCCUAUUGUCAUCCUUUUUGGUAAAAUGUAACCAAACUUUCGAGCGUUUAUGCCGCUUUGUCCCCGUGUUUUCCUGCUGGGCGCGAAUGCGCACGUUGCGCUACGUGCUUGGUGACGUCAUUCGCGCCCACUGGAAUCGAUAAGGGAAUCGUUUGCGAAAAAGGCAAACGAUUCCAAGGAAUUGAAACACUGGGAACCGGUUCUGAACAAGACCCGGUUCUCAACUAGAACCGGUUCUCGAUUCCCAUCCCUAGUCAGAGGUCGGAUUUCCUCAUUCAGUGAAGCUCGUGAGUGUCCACUCGAAAGCACAUGGGCAUUUAAAACAUUACAAAAAGCUGCAAAUUCACAUUGUGAAUAUGUUCUUACUCAAUAUUGAUCCUUCUUUUUAAAUCCUCGUGCAAAAAGAAACAGUGGACGUGGAAACAACCUGUUAUUGUUAAUUCAGCACUUACUGGGGAAAGUUUGAAAACUGCAGUGUUCUUUAUCCAGUUUUGAACAAUAAUUGAUUAAUAUAUUUAGGAAAGGAAAUCAUAUGGAUGGAUCAAUCAGUUAUAAAUUAACCAAUCUUUUGAAUUUCAGCAGUUAACUUUCCGUUUAGUUUAGUUUGAGUCUGCCGUGGUUCACUGAUUUUGUGAAUUUGGAAGAAAAUCUGCUCAAUACUCUUAAAGCUGCAAAAGUCUUUUAUCUUUCUUUUUUUUAAUGCACAGCAUUAAAGUGAUGUUGGAGUGAAAAUACACAAAAUAUAAACCACAGAUGAGGGACAUAGGGAAAUGAAUUGUAGUGCUUUCUCAAACGUUUCCAACCUUACUGGACAGUCCAGACUCUCACUAGGAAAAUCUACACAUACUGUAGGGUUUAUAGUUUUACUUGCAGAGAGUUUGCUACCUUUAUAUGUGAACAAGACCCAACUAGAACAUUGACUUGACGUUGCAACUGACUCUGUAACAACAACAGAAACGAUACAGCUACGGCAGGAGGGUUUUUGAGCUGAUGAAGAACGCAGAGGAGGAAGAUCUGUACGUUUCUGUUUUUCCGUAUUAACACUUUAAAUUUCUGACCAACCGCGCGUCAGUUCUCAGAACCACCGGAGAUAAAAAGUUCUGAUAAUGAGUUGAGAAGAAGCUGCAAGAACUCCCAAACCUGGCAACCCGGACAAAUGUCUCUGGUCUCGUAGACCCUGCAAGGUGCUCAAGUUCUGCUACUGUUGGUGCUUUGUUGGUUUAAAAUUAAGUCCAGGUUUGUUUUUAGUUUUUUUGUUUCUUAAAGGAGCUUGAGGCUCCUUUUAAGAAAUGAGACUCUCUAGCGCCACCCUUCACCACGACGGCCGUCGGGGGUACUGCAGCCAACAUUAUUACUAGAAAACUUAAAACAUAUACGAAUUUUUUUCAUAAAUCCAGCCUCAUGCUCCUUUAAGUGAACCCUGACUCUGUUACUUACAGGUUUUAACCUAUAACUUCUUCGUACAGUACGUCAAAUUCAUUUAGUGAGUAAAACUAGACAAAGGAAGAUAGCUGUAACUGGGAUAUGAUGUCAGCUUUGGUGUUUCACUUUUAAGUCUAGACAAACUGUAAAAGGUUUUUUCUGUAAGUUUUACUUUCUACAAGGUUGCUAAGAUAGAAGUCUUUCUGCUAAACUAAUCCACCUCCGGGUCUAGCUGUAAACUGACUUCAUAAACGUGAGAUUUUGUUUCCAUCUUUCCAUUCAACCCAGCAAGAAAGCAAAAAAUGAAACUAUCCUGGCGUCACACGUGGAACUAUUACUUUAAAUACUUAUACCUGCUCGACAACAUCCAGAUCUUAUCACGUCACUGUGAAGAGAAACAGUGCUGAAAUUAAAACAUUUCUCCUUUAAUAUCCUGCUUCCAUCAGCCACAUCGGUGAGGAGGAUCUUACACUCGUCCGUCGCUUCGAUAAAAACCUUAUCUGUUAUCGUGGGAGAGGUGAAACUGAAGCACGCAGAUUAUUUGUCAGUUUGUGGCUAAUGCUUGAAAAUGAUUCACUGCUGAAGUGGAUCAGCUAAGUGUGUAGUAUUUUACUCCAAAUGCAUUAUUUGUUCCUUUUAAAUUGGGGUAUUAAACGAGCCAGGUCGCAUGAGGAGCGUUGUUUCCAAAUGAGAGAAAAAAAAAGAAAAACAUCAUAAAAUGUACUGUAAAUCUGAAGUUAGAUUACUUUUGAACGAACAAAGAUAACAUUGUGCUCGGGUUGACAAAAAUGUGUUCAUUUUUCCCAUCUUUAAGAUUUCAGACUUGAUGAGAAACCUCAGGCACCACUUUUAUUUCGUGUUGUAUCUGCAGACGGAGUGGGACUCUUUACACAUCUUAUUAUCUUGACAUGAACUCCACAGUGUCGUCUCUGUUCCCCUUGGGAUUUUGUAAAGCAUUGAUAAACAUUCAGCUAUUUCAAGUGUUUUAUAUGAAAGGCAGGAUCAAAUCCACUGAGUUGCCCAAAGCUUUUGAGUUUUUGUGUAUUCUUUUGUGGUAAAAGCAUUAUGACACAGACCGUGAGCAGUUGCAGGGUAUUGUAAUCCUUUCAUGGUGAGUGGAGUAUUGUUUGAAAAGUUUUACUUUUUUUCUUUUCUUGUAUGAACUAACUGAACCUUUUUUGAAGCAAAGCUGACAUAUACCAUGUACACAUGUUACAGAAUAUUAAAAAUGUGGUACAACUGCAGUACAUAAAAUACUGAUAUUCCAUGAUAGAUCUUUGUAUUAAUGUGACUCUCUUAAAAAAUGUCUUCAAACAAUCAGAUGAUCUCCUUUUCCAUU